AUGACCCAGGUCGACACAUUGGACCUGGUGGUCCUGGUCGUAAUUCUUGUGGGUAGCGUCGCCUAUUUUACUAAGGGCUCUUUAUGGGGUGUUGUUAAGGACCCCUAUGCGACAGCUUAUUCGAACGCAAAUGGCGCAAAGGCCGGGGCAUCAAGAGACAUCAUCGAGAAACUAGACGAGACUGGAAAAAAUUGUGUGAUCUUCUACGGUUCCCAGACCGGAACCGCGGAGGACUAUGCCUCGCGGUUGGCCAAGGAGGGCUCCCAACGAUUUGGCCUCAAAACCAUGGUGGCCGAUUUAGAAGAUUAUGAUUACGAGAAUCUCGACAAGUUCCCAGAGGAUAAGGUCAUGUUUUUUGUGCUCGCGACUUACGGUGAGGGUGAGCCUACGGAUAACGCCGUGGAUUUCUAUCAGUUCAUUACUUCAGACGACGUUUCGUUCGAAGGUGGUGGAACGUCUGAUGAUAAGCCUCUUUCCUCCAUUAGGUAUGUCGCCUUUGGCCUGGGAAACAACACCUAUGAGCAUUAUAACUCGAUGGUGAGAAAUGUCGAUGCUACGAUGAAGAGGCUCGGCGCCAAACGAAUUGGAGAGGCCGGUGAAGGUGAUGAUGGUGCAGGUACCAUGGAAGAGGAUUAUCUGGCCUGGAAAGAGCCCAUGUGGAAAGCUCUGGCAGAGGAAAUGGGGCUGGAGGAACGGGAAGCUGUUUACGAACCCGUAUUCUCAGUUAUCGAGGAACCGGAAACCUCCCCUGAAGCCGACCAUAUCGCUAGCCAAUACAUGAACAUCGCCCAGGCACUACAAUCCGUUACGCCGCUCCCAUUUACCUCCGUCCCCUUCUCCCUGUUAAUCGAAGGCAUCCCAAAAAUCCAACCGCGCUACUACUCCAUCUCCUCCUCCUCCCUCGUCCAAAAGAACAAAAUCAGCAUCACCGCCAUUGUCGAAUCCCUACGCAUCCCCGGCGCAACCCACAACCUCAAGGGCGUCACAACAAACUACCUGCUCGCCUUGAAGCAGAAACAACACGGCGACCCCAAUCCGGACCCGCACGGAUUGACAUACGCCAUCAACGGGCCCAGAAACAAGUACGACGGCAUCCACGUCCCAAUCCACGUGCGGCAUUCCAACUUCAAACUCCCCUCCGACCCGGCCAAGCCGGUCAUUAUGGUCGGGCCGGGAACGGGUGUUGCGCCGUUCCGCGGGUUUAUACAGGAGCGCGCGGCGCAGGCGGAGAGGGGGGAUAAGGUAGGGCCCACGAUUUUGUUCUAUGGAUGUCGACGACGGGAGGAGGAUUUCCUGUAUAAAGAUGAGUGGGAUACCUUCGCCUCAAAGCUCGGCUCAAGCCUGCAAAUCAUCACCGCCUUCUCGCGCGAAACCUCUCAAAAAGUCUAUGUCCAACACAAGCUACGCGAACACGCUGAGCUCGUCAAUGAGCUGCUGUUGCAAAAGGGAAACUUCUACGUCUGUGGCGAUGCGGCCAAUAUGGCGCGGGAGGUGAAUGUGGUGCUGGGGCAGAUUAUGGCGGAGCAGCGCGGGCUGGCGCCGGAGAAGGGCGAGGAGUUGGUUAAGCAUAUGCGGAACAAUGGGUCAUAUCAGGAAGAUGUUUGGUCGUGA